AUGUCGAAUUUGACAAAGCUCGAGAUCGCCGCCCUUAACAUUAGUGGUAACAACUAUUUGUCUUGGACGGUAGGUGCAAAGUUGCACCUAAAAGGAAAUGGUCUCUUGAGCACUAUCGAUAAGUCUGGAAAGACGUCCGAUGAGCAAAAGGCGAAAGCCAUGAUCUUUUUUCGCCACCAUAUACAUGAUGGUUUAAAAGAUGAAUACAUCACAAAAGAAGAUCAUGCGGAUCUAUGGAACUCGCUUAAAGUUCGCUCCGUCCAACUGGAUCUGCCAUUCCCUGAAGCGAAUGUUGCGUCAUCCAGUCAUACUAAAAAGCCUGAACGUGAACGCAGACGCGGUCGCGGUCGAGGUCGUGGACGUGGAAGAGAAAGUGAUGAUGGUCGAGCGGUAAAAAGAAAGGGUGAACGCACCUGUUACAGAUGCGGCAUGAAUAAUCACUUUGAGCGUACAUGUCGUACGCCCAAACAUUUAGCCGAUCUGUACAGGGCAUCACAACAAGCCAAAAAUAAGGACACAGAGACCAACUUCAUCUCUGAUGAACCUGGUCCAUCCUUUGAUGGCUUAAGUGAUGAUUUUCAUCUGGAUGUCGCCGACUAUCUCGUUGAUCUGAAGAAUCAACUGAGCCAAAGAAAGUCAAAUCGAUGA